UCAACAUUUUUAAUGUUGUUUUCAAUCCCACAAAAAAUUGUGAUCACAAAUUUGCACUUCACUUGUUUUUCUUAGGUUCUUUCAAACAAUUUAGGGACUUUAGUUCCCCCAAGAAAGGCUAAGUCAACACCCGAUUUUUGACAUGAUUCUUCUGAGUCACAACAUUUUGGAACACAGGCCAACACAAAAUCCCAACUAUUUGCUGCUUGCCGUGAGAUGAAUCAGGUUUGGGUCUUCUUUAAGCUCAUUGAAGUGCUGCUGGGCAGCGUGUGCAUGUUCUUCCACAUACGCGGCUCGACGUUCUGGCCCGAGCGUACUCCGCACGUGAUCCUCUACUGCGCCACCUUUCUGUCCUUCGCAGUGCUAGCCGCCCUGGGGGCAUUCCGGCUGAUGCUGACCCGGAGUUCGGUGCUCUCCUCGCAGCUCCUGCUCACUCUGAGCGCCGUGAUCGCGCACUACAUCUGCGGCGUGCUGAUAAUGCGGACCGCCCUGCAGGACCCGCACCUGCCCGCCAUCAACUCCAGCAUCGAGUACCUGACGCACCCGCACUUCGCGCACUGCAAGCAGCAGAGCAUCGCUGCGCUGAUCACGGGCACCAUGUACCUGAUGCACAUGUUCCAUGUGUUCGACCUGCUGAUGCGCAUGGAGCCGGGCGACUGGCGACGCCAGGCGACAGGAGGAAAAUUGUCGGACAGUUUGGAGGCUGAAGCGGGUCGCGCUGCCGGGCUGUUCGUGCUUUCCAAGCCGGUGGAUGACUUUCUGUGCAGCUGCUGCCAGUGCUACCUAAAGCUGGCCUACUCCCAGCCCCUGCGCUUCCGGCUGAACGCGGAGGCGGAGCAGCCGCACUUUGUGGCCCGCAUGUGGCAGGUUUUGGGGGAGGCGCGUAGGAAGUUCUUUUCCCUACAUCAUGUCGGCAGCGACGAGAGUUUCCUGUCCACGCCGACUAUAACCAGCAGUGACUCGGAUAUCGUGCCGGUGGUCGACGAGUAUUUGGUUUCAAUGGAGGAGCAGGCCGGCAAACGCCACAGAUCCGCUUCCACCUGGCGUGGCACCAGCGACUCCUCCAGCCUGUGGGCCCAGAUCGAGGACAGAAGCAGUCUCAGCCCACCUUCAGCCAGGCCGAGUCAGAGCAGCGAAGCCACAAUGAGACCGAGUGGAAUGGAUCGCAGGUUGAACCGGCGGGCAAACGCUUGGACCGACUCCGAGCCAAGGGAGAAGUCUGAGAUUCUGCUGGUAGAGCAGGGUUCGAGUUACUCUCGCAGCAGAACGUUGAGCAAUGCUGAGACGCUCCAUAAGCCAAGACAUGAUGGACCAGUUAGGGAGACGGAUAAAGAACCUCACAGGGAGUCGACGAAAUCAACCCGAGAUGAAAGACAAAUUAGGGACACAGGUGAAAAACUCCGUAACAUGUCAACUAAGUCAGAAGAAGACAGAGAACAAAAUUUUGAGGAUGCACGCGAUGAAACAAAAAGAAACGCGGAAAUUUAAGGAUAAAACUUAUCUAAAAACAGACCGGAAGUAAUUACGAAACACGAGGAAUCUCAGGAACUCUCAUCAAUAAUAAAAUAACCAGCAUAAGCGUUGGAAGCGAAGAUCAAGUUAUCAUUCAUUAAGUUAUUAUUAUAGCCAACACAUAACUCUUUUACUGACUACUUAACUGUUACCAAACUAAUCAUUAAAUGGAAAAUGCAGUUUAAGAUUGUAUUCUUAAUUAUAACCCUUGGGGGAAUGGAUCUGAACACGUUCAAGGCGAUUAACACGUGCGCACCCAGUCGGAUGCCAAGCAAACAAAGCGUGUUCCAAUUUUGAGUGAACAGAUUCUGGAAAUAAACAUUUGACAAGUGGCAUGUCAGCACAUUUUUGGAACAACAAGUUCCCACUCUUUUUAAGUCAUUUUUGGAGCAAAUCCCUAUCCGAAAUUUAAUUCACAGACUUGAAUAUUUUGUAGUCGUCAGCAAAUAACUUAAAUUCAGAAUCUUUAAUCAAUGGCUUUUAUCAUUUGUAAAGAUAAUGAAGGGAAGCGGACCUAAGGCACUAUCUUGAGUUGGUCAUCUAAAUAAGAUUCAAUCCAAUUUAGCAUUAAAGAGUGCAAUCCCAAUUAACAUUGUGGCAGACUUUUCCAAAAGCUUUGGCAAAGUCGGUAUAAAAACCACAUCCACUCGAUAGUGAUCCAGAAAAGAAUGGAUGCAGAAAUUAUUGAUCCUCCACAAAAUGUUUAAUGUGUAAACGCAUGGGACCAAAAACGUAAAUGUAUGUCGAAAAUCGAGUGGUGCCGACGGUAACGGAUACGAUUUGUAGCUAUUCAAAUCGAACCAGAGAUCGCUGGCUUGACCACACGAACCGUCUGGCUAGACGUCUUGCUACACCAUUGGGUCGACGACGUCUCCGCAGACGUCACCCGGCGGACCUGCGGAUUAUUGACCGUGAUAGACACGGGAGCCUCCUUUAAAGUCACCGGAGUACUGACAAAUGGCCUGCCCUGGAAAGAGAGCACCCAAUACCCGAAUAUUUGGGAUCUUUGGAACACUCAUUAAUACCAUACACGAAAACGUGUUAAAAUAUAUAUUUGCCUUCUGGCAUUAUUAUUAUAAAAAAAAAAUGCACUCUUAAUCGAGCUAAGGAACUUUACGGAGUUUUUGUCAAUGAUGUCGAGACACUAAUAAGCAG